GGGAGUAGACGUGAGCACAUUGUGGCUGUGUGGAGCUUCUUCCGAGCACUUUUUUUACGCAGCUUAAUGCAGAAUGUUGCCGUUUUCGAGCUAAACUCUCGAAAGUGUCGUUUUCUGACACUUUGGCAGCGUUUCUGUUUUUGAAAUUGCACCUGAAAUGGCGCGAACUGCACCCAAGUGUAUUUUGUAAUGCUAGUGUUAUUUCUGAGCGUGUGACAGCCAGCAUCCUCUGUCGCCCUGGCAACCAGCCUUCAUCUCCAUCAUCCUCCCGGCAGGCGGGCGGGCGGACGGGCAGCGUUCCUCAUCAGCUGCUUUGGAUGGGAAGCCCUCUCAUCGCCUCUCAUCGCUCUCCUCUUAAGACUUCUCAUCUUCUUCUCCUCAUUGCUAUUUUUCCUUCACUGGAGAGGUUGAUGCGCUGUCGUCAAGAUGCCUGUGAGACGCGGUCACGUCGCCCUCCAAAACACUUACCUGGACACCAUCAUCAGGAAAUUUGACGAGCAAAAUCGCAAGUUUGUGAUCGCCAACGCCCAGAUGAAGAACUGCGGCAUCAUCUACUGCAACGAGGGCUUCUGCCAGAUGUUCGGCUUCACCCGGGCCGAGAUCAUGCAGCAGCCCUGCACCUGCCAGUUCUUGGUGGGGCCCGGCACCAUGAAGAGCGCCCUGACUCAGCUGGCCCAGGCCCUGCUCGGCUCUGAGGAGCGCAAGGUGGAGAUCCUCUACUACGCCAAGGAAGGCACGUGCAGACCCUGCAUGGUGGACAUCGUCCCCGUCAAGAACGAGGAAGGCGAGGUCAUCAUGUUCAUCCUGGACUUCCAGGAGCUCGUGGACCCCUCGCUCAAGAAGUCGGGCCUGCGGCAACGAGUGAGCCAAGGAUGGGUCUACUGUCAGAAUCGCAGGUUGAAGAUGCGGCUGCCGGUGCUGCGCUCCGUGAGGCGUCCAUCGCUGUCCAAGGAUCAGUUUGAGGGGGUCAUUGUGGACUACCUGCAGCCCAAUAGUGAAGACGUCCCCCUGAAGGAGUUCCGCAUCCCGUCCAAGGAGAGCUGCAUGCAGUCAGAGACGGAGGCCCUCAUAGAACAGGACCUGGACCCCCCGUCCCCGGCCGCCCAGCCCUCCGCCAAGCGGCGCUCCCUGCUGACGGAGCGGCUAGACCCUGGCGUCCCCUUCCCCAGGGGGACCCUGCCCCGCAGUUGUUCACGGGACAGCGUCCGCAGCCUGAGACGCGCCUCCUCGCUGGAUGACAUCGACGGGAUGAAAGCGGAGUGGAGCGCUCGGCCCGGAGAAGCCCGGAAUAACAGCAAUCUGAAGCCGAGCGCUCUCAACUCCACGUCGGACUCGGACCUGAUGAGGCACAGAGCCAUCAGGAGCAUCCCCCAGGUGACCCUCACCUUCGGCUCCGACCGCAUGAGACCGCCCUCGCCCACCGAGAUCGAAAUCAUCGCCCCCAGCAAAGUCAAAGACCGCACCCAGAAUGUCACCGAGAAGGUCACCCAGGUCACACAGGUGUUGUCCCUGGGCGCCGACGUGCUUCCCGAGUACAAGCUCCAGGCCCCGCGUAUCCACAGGUGGACCAUCCUCCACUACAGCCCCUUCAAGGCGGUGUGGGACUGGCUCAUCCUGCUGCUGGUCAUCUACACGGCCAUCUUCACACCCUACUCCGCCGCCUUCCUCCUUAACGAGGUGGAGGAGGACCGCAGGAGGACGUGCGGCUACACCUGCAACCCCCUCAACGUGGUGGACCUGGUGGUGGACGUCAUGUUCAUUGUGGACAUCCUCAUCAACUUCAGGACCACCUACGUCAACCACAACGACGAGGUGGUCAGCCACCCCGGUCGCAUCGCCCAGCACUACUUCAAGGGAUGGUUCCUCAUCGACAUCGUGGCCGCCAUCCCCUUCGACCUUCUCAUCUUCCGCUCCGGCACCGAGGAGCCGCAGACCACCACUCUGAUCGGCCUGCUGAAGACGGCCAGGCUGCUGCGGUUGAUGCGGGUGGCCCGCAAGCUGGACCGCUACUCCGAGUACGGCACGGCCGUGCUCUUCCUCCUCAUGUGCACCUUCGCCCUCAUCGCACACUGGCUGGCGUGCAUCUGGUACGCCAUCGGCAACGUGGAGCGCACCGGCUCGGCCCGCAUCGGCGCCAUGAAGAUCGGCUGGCUGGACAACCUGGCCGAGCAGAUCGGCAAACAGUACAACGACAGCGACGUGGCCUCGGGGCCGUCCAUCAAGGACAAGUACGUCACGGCGCUCUACUUCACCUUCAGCAGCCUCACCAGCGUCGGCUUCGGCAACGUGUCGCCCAACACCAACCCCGAGAAGAUCUUCUCCAUCUGCGUCAUGCUCAUCGGCUCUCUCAUGUACGCCAGCAUCUUCGGGAACGUGUCGGCCAUCAUCCAGAGACUCUACUCGGGUACGGCCCGCUACCACACCCAGAUGCUGCGGGUCAAAGAGUUCAUCCGCUUCCACCAGAUCCCAGGAGGCCUGAGGCAGAGGCUGGAGGAGUACUUCCAACACGCCUGGUCCUACACCAACGGCAUCGACAUGAACGCUGUCUUGAAAGGUUUCCCCGAGUGCCUGCAGGCCGACAUCUGCCUCCACCUGAACCGCAGCCUGCUGCAGCAAUGCAAAGCUUUCCGGGGCGCCAACAAAGGGUGCCUGCGCGCUUUGGCCAUACGCUUCAAGACCACCCACGCUCCGCCCGGCGACACCCUGGUCCACAGCGGGGACAUUCUCACCGCCCUCUACUUCAUCUCCAGGGGCUCCAUUGAAAUAUUGCGUGAGGACGUGGUGAUCGCCAUACUGGGAAAGAACGACAUCUUCGGCGAGUCCCUCAGCCUGUGCGGCAGGCCCGGGAAAUCCAGCGCCGACGUACGGGCGUUGACCUACUGCGACCUUCACAAGAUCCUGAAGGACGACCUGCUGGAAGUUCUGGAGAUGUAUCCCGACUUUGCUGACUCCUUCUGGAACAACCUGGAGGUCACCUUUAACCUGACAGAUGCAGAUCGAGUAAACCAGACAACCCCGAGCAAGGACUCUGACUGUGACUACAGAACCACGAGGCACCGCCGAGGCUCCCCAAGACGUCGCAACAGACCCGACGGCAUGGACCGAGAGGAGCCCUACCCGGACCAGUCGUGUCCGAUGGCCAACCAUCACCGAGGCCCCCUGGCAGGGUCGCGCUGGGACGAGCGAUGCAGCAGCGACAGUUUCUCUUCCGAGUCCAGCGACGAGGAGAUAAAGCAUGUGAGACCCAGCAAGGCGGAGCUAUACCCCUCCUCUGGAGACACCAGAGACUACCCCCCAGCGGUCAUCAACCUCCUGCCUCACAGCAGACCCUCAGCCGGCAUUGGCAAGCCCGUAGACCUCGGAGGUCCACCGUACUCAGCAGCCGUUCCUGUCAGCAUGUCAGGCCUGUAUGGAUACUGGCCGGACCGCAGAGCCAGCCAGUUCUCUGAGACCCAGAGGCGCUCGUCAUCAGCCAGAAACAGUUUCCAUCCUCCCCCCUGUGCUGAGGAUCGGCCCAGUGAGCUGGAGUCCAGAUUGGAACUGCUGCAGUCUCAGUUAAAUCGGCUGGAGACCAGAAUGACAGCAGACAUCACCGUCAUCCUGCAGCUCCUCCAAAGGCAGAUGGCGCCCGUCCCCCCAGCCUACAGCGCCGUGUCGCCCGGCCCUCACCCGCCUCACCCCGCCACCCUAUAUGGCAGCGGGCCGCAGACCAUCCACACCGUUCCUGCAAUGCAGCCGGUCCAGAUGGACAGCACUGCCUCGCUGCUGCAGAGUCCAGACUCUGAUGUCAAGCACAAGUCCAAGGACUCGUUGUCCAGCGGGAUCCACGUCACGGUGGCCUCUGAUGACACCAUGUCAAUGUCCCCCGAGGCGGAACCUCCACGUCUGCCCUGUGUGGACCUCACACCUCCGCAGCUGGAGCCUCCGCCACUGCUGUGUGGCAGCCAGCGCUUCCCCUCCCUGCCCGAGCACCUGGAGACAUCCUCGCAGGUUCAGGAGAUCCAGAGGCACGUCUCGGACCCCGUCCUGCCCGGAAGCUAGAACACCACCACCAGGAAGCCUGGACUGUUGGACUUGUUCCACACGCUUCCUCCUCAUCUCCCUACCAAGGAGUAUCAAAGCCACACUGAAAAUGAAAAAAUAAUAAGUCAUAGUUUUAUGAUACUAUGAAAUAUUAUGAGAAGUUGCAAAAUAUUACAAAGAUUACGAGAAUAAACUUGAAAUAUUACAAUUUGUUGUUAGAAAAAUGACAUUUUACAAAAAAAGGUAAAAAUACUACAACAAUAAACUUAUUGUCAUAGUCAUUUUUGGGAAUAAAGGUGCAGAAUAAAGUGUUAACUUAAUGGAUCAUAAUUAGAGAGAGAUCAGGUCGCAAUAUUAUGACACUAAGUUGUCAAUGUGCAAGAAAAAAGAACAGUUAUGAGAAAGAAAUUGCCAUUUUUACAAGAGAUUUUUAAGUACACAAGUAAAGUAAUUUUGCAAGAAAAAGGUUUCUCUGCCAAUUGAGAUAUUGAAAGAUAAAGAUGUAAUUUUAUUUAUAAACUUUAAAGUAGUCCGAUACAAAAGUAAAUGUAGGUGAAAAGAUGUGUAGUGUCGAAAUGUACCCAAAUAAUGUUGAAAUAUUGUGAGAUAAAAGUUUUACAAAAAACAUUUACAGGAUAUAAGGAUCUUGUUAAGAUAGACUUUAGUCAAAGUUUCAAAGACUUUCCUUUUUCUUUCCUUACUCUACCAUCAUUAUCCUACUUUUUUCUUUUCAGUGUGGCCUGAAUACUGCUACACAUUCCCAAACUACCCUCAUAGGGACUCCACAGCGCCCCCAGUGGCUUCUCUGCGCCACUGUCCCUAUUUUGAUAAGCGACUCAACAGCGACCUCUGUGGCGGCUCUGCGCCAUUGUCCUUCCUUUCACCAUUGUUGCACCAAAAGAGAUUACUAUUCUAAAGAAGACACUAUUUGAUGAGCUGAAUGCCUUGAAAGGAAAAAAAUACACUUUUUUGCACAUUUAGAUGUCAAAGAUAGAUAAAUGUAGAGAAAUGUCACUUGUAGUAUAAAAAAUAAUGAGCGUGAAAAGUAUGGAUUUGCUGUUUUUGGUGAUUUUGGUGUCACACUGGAGAAGUCUUUGGUGGAAUCAUGACUUUCACCCCACCUCUCUGACGUAUUUCUUUUCUUCACGUUUUAAAUCGGAUUGGGAAGAAGUCACCUUCUACUGGUGGCACUUUGCUCUGUUUUCAUAAAGUGAUUGUUCACAGAUUUUUGACACUAGCGAGUGAAGGCGAUGGUCACUGUCUAUCAAAAGACGAGAGACGCUGCGUCCUUUGGAAUGACUUUUUAAAUGCGUUUAUAAUCCCGUGUAAAGCACAAACCCCUUCUGCUCUUUUUUUUUUUUUUUUUUUAGA